UCCCACCAACCCCACCAACCCACGAUGGACUUCCAUUUUUAUUCCCUCUCGUUUCGAAAGUUUUGCUUUUGUUGUGUCGGAAUCAAAUCCCACGAACUCCCCGCACUCCGUAGAUUCCACACGAUCCCAGUAGAAUCAAACAAAAUCCGUGCCUAGAUGGCUCUGUCGCUCCAGAGCUCAUCCACCAUUCCACCACGUCUCCGUUUCGGUGGCGAAUUCCUCGGACUCAACUCCAGUUCGGAGCCCACUUUCAGAUCCCUGUCUUUCACCUAUCCGCUCCGCUCCCUAUCCCUCACGUCUUUAGAGGGUACGAGACUGGUGAAAUCCCGCGUCGUAAGUGCGGUUGUCAGGGAGCAAAUUGGGCUUGACCCGAUGGAGCUUGAUAUCUCUCUUAGCCCCAGAGUGAAUUCUGUGAAGCCUUCAAAAACGGUGGCCAUAACGGACCAGGCCACGGCUCUCGUACAAGCUGGAGUACCUGUCAUUCGGUUAGCCGCCGGGGAACCUGAUUUCGAUACCCCGGUUCCCAUAGCUGAGGCGGGGAUAAAUGCGAUUCGAGAGGGUUACACGAGAUAUACUCCGAAUGCGGGGACUAUGGAACUCCGCCAAGCAAUUUGUCACAAGUUGAAGGAGGAGAAUGGGAUCUCUUACACGCCUGAUCAGGUUUUGGUCAGCAACGGGGCCAAGCAGAGCAUUCAUCAAGCCUUGCUUGCAGUUUGUUCUCCUGGAGAUGAGGUUAUAAUUCCAGCUCCAUUUUGGGUGAGUUACCCAGAAAUGGCAAGGUUGGCUGAUGCAACACCUGUGAUUCUUCCGACAAGCCUCUCCGAAAAUUUUCUUUUAGAUCCAAAGCUCCUUGAAUCCAAACUCACUGAAAAGUCGAGACUGCUGAUUCUUUGCUCUCCAUCCAACCCAACAGGAUCUGUUUACCCCAAGAGAUUGCUGGAAGAGAUUGCUCAAGUUGUGGCAAAGCAUCCCCGGCUUCUGGUGCUGUGUGAUGAAAUAUAUGAACACAUAAUCUAUGCUCCAGCAACUCAUACAAGCUUUGCUUCCUUGCCCGGCAUGUGGGAGAGGACUCUGACGGUGAAUGGAUUUUCGAAGGCAUUUGCAAUGACUGGUUGGCGACUUGGAUAUCUUGCUGGUCCAAAACACUUUGUUGCUGCAUGUGGAAAGAUCCAGAGUCAGUUCACUUCAGGCGCUAGUAGUAUCUCACAAAAAGCGGCAGUUGCAGCACUAGGAAUGGGUUAUGCCGGUGGGGAAGAUGUUUCUAUCAUGGUACAAGCAUUCAGGGAGAGGAGGGAUUUCUUGGUUAAAAGCUUUGGUGAACUGGAGGGUGUCAAGAUGUCAGAACCCCAGGGAGCUUUCUAUCUCUUCCUGGAUUUCAGCUUUUACUAUGGGACUGAUACCGAAGGAUUUGGUAAGAUUGAGAAUUCUGAGUCGCUCUGCCGAUAUCUACUGGAUAAGGGUCAGGUUGCGCUAGUGCCCGGGAGUGCAUUCGGAGAUGACAGCUGCAUCCGCAUCUCUUACGCAGCAUCCCUCACAACCCUUGAGGCUGCUGUGGAGAGAAUUAAGAAAGCCAUUAUCUCGCUCAGGCCUGCUGUCCCGGUUUGAUGUAGAUAAUUACCAUGCACCAAGAAGACAGAAAAACAAUGUGUCAUUUGUUGUUUCUUCUUUACAGCCUCCAAAUAAUUUAUGUAAUAAUCAUUUUGGAAAAGAUGCUAGUGAUAUAGAUUACGGCCUGUUUGGCACUUUCUUCUGCCA